AUGGCAAGUCCAAGAGUGUUAGGGACUGCUUUCCUGGUCUUGCUUAUUGUAGACCUCACCCUUGCUGCUAGGACACUGCAGGCAGUCAGUGGAGGUGGAGGUGGAGGGCAGGGAGGAGGUGGUGGUGGUGGUUCUGGAUCAGGACUUGGGUCAGGUUAUGGUUCUGGGUCUGGAUCCGGGAGCGGUGAAGGAUACGGUGCUGGUGGUCGUGGAGGAGGUGGAGGCGUGAGGCAGUGGCGGAGGUGGAGGGUGGUGGCAUUGGUGGAGGCAAUGGGCUAUGGUUCUGGUAGUGGGAUAGGUGGUGGUGAAGGUGGUGGUGGUGGUGGCGGCAGUGGAGGUGGUGGCGGCGGCGGUCAGGGCUCUGGAUCUGGAAGUGGGUCAGGCUAUGGAAGUGGAAGUGGAAGUGGAAGCGGGAGUGGCGGUGGCAAGGGUGGAAAAGGAAGUGGAGGAGGAGGAGGAGGUGGUGGUGGGGGUGGAGGAUCCGGCUCCGGCUCUGGCUCAGGUUAUGGCAGCGGGUCUGGUUAUGGGGAGGGAUAUGGAGGAGGGAAAGUUAGAAGUGAAGAGAGAAUGCGAGACCCAAAAUCUGAGGCUAAUGCUAACAACAUUUUGAGGGCUAUAAUUCCUGCUUGUGACCCAGCUAGAGCAG